UCGGCAGAACAGAAUUAAAUUUUGCAGAGCGGAGGAGGGACCAGGGCUAGACGGUUGUCAUCAGGCAUCUCCCUGGCAGGGACUGGAGAGGUGCCACCGAAGUUGGGCCGCUGGUCACUAACUAGUUUAAAAUUCUCUGAUCGCAAAACGAAAUUGUUGAAACAGUCUGCUGGCAGUUCUAAACAGUUCAUCUUGGAGUACGGUUUUCCUAUUGUGACUAUCAUGGAAAAUCAAUUGGCUAAAUCAACUGAAGAGCGAACAUUUCAGUACCAGGAUUCUCUUCCAUCACUGCCUGUUCCUCUACUCGAAGAAUCAUUAAAAAAAUAUCUUGAAGCAGUAAAGCCAUUUGCAAAUGAAGAGGAAUAUAAGAAAACUGAAGAAAUAGUCCAGACAUUUCAAAAUGGAAUUGGAGAAAAAUUGCAUCAGAAAUUACUUGAAAGAGCAAAAGGAAAAAGAAAUUGGCUGGAAGAAUGGUGGCUGAAUGUUGCCUACCUGGAUGUUCGUUUACCAUCGCAGCUAAAUGUCAACUUUGCAGGUCCUGCAGCCCAUGUUGAGCACUACUGGCCUCCAAAGGAAGGCACUCAGUUAGAAAGAGGAAGUAUAAGUCUUUGGCAUAACUUGAACUACUGGCAGCUCUUAAGAAAAGAAAAAUUGCCUGUUCAUAAAGUUGGAAAUACUCCUCUAGAUAUGAAUCAGUUCCGAAUGCUAUUUUCUACCUGCAAAGUUCCAGGAAUUACUAGAGAUUCAAUAAAGAAUUAUUUUAGGACUGAGAGUGAAGGGCAUUCUCCAAGUCAUGUUGCAAUUCUGUGUCGAGGCCGAGUUUUUGUCUUUGAUGCAAUGCAUGAAGGAAGUUUGAUCACCCCGCCAGAGAUUCUGAGGCAUUUGACAUACAUCCACAAGAAGUGCAACAGUGAGCCUGAAGGACCUGGGAUCGCAGCAUUAACUAGUGAGGAGAGAACGCGAUGGGCUAAGGCACGAGAAUAUUUGAUUAGUCUUGAUCCAGAGAACUUGAAUCUAUUAGAAAAGAUUCAGAGCAGUUUACUGGUGUUUUCCUUAGAGGACAGCAGUCCGCGUGUAACACCGGAAGAUUACUCCCAGGCAACUGCAAUGACUCUUAUUGGAAAUCCAACAGUGCGCUGGGGUGAUAAAUCCUAUAACUUGAUUUCCUUUUCUAAUGGAGUAUUUGGCUGUAAUUGUGAUCAUGCUCCUUUUGAUGCAAUGGUUAUGGUAAACAUCAGCAAUUAUGUUGAUGAGAAGGUUUUUGAAAAUGAAGGAAGAUGGAAGGGUUCAGAAAAAGUACGGAACAUACCACAUCCAGAGGAACUUGUUUUCACUGUGGAUAAGAGAGUAUUAAAUGAUGUCAGUGAAGCUAAAGCCCAGUAUCUCAAGCAGGCAUCUGACCUGCAGGUUGCAGCAUAUGCCUUUACAUCUUUUGGCAAAAAGCAAACCAAGAAGGAGAAGCUUCACCCUGAUACAUUUGUUCAGCUUGCUCUUCAGCUAGCCUAUUACAGACUUCAUGGACGCCCUGGAUGCUGCUAUGAAACAGCUAUGACAAGAUAUUUUUAUCAUGGCCGUACAGAGACUACACGAUCGUGUACAGUAGAAGCAGUCAGGUGGUGCCAGUCCAUGGAGGACCCUUCCAGCAGUCUUCUUGAACGGCAGCAAAAGAUGUUACAAGCUUUUGCAAAACAUAAUAAAAUGAUGAAAGAUUGUUCUUCUGGAAAAGGAUUUGACCGUCACCUUUUAGGUUUAUUACUGAUAGCCAAGGAGGAAGGCCUUCCAGUCCCAGAGCUCUUUACAGACCCACUCUUCUUCAAAAGUGGAGGAGGUGGAAACUUUGUUCUCUCAACAAGUCUUGUUGGUUAUAUGAGGAUCCUGGGAGUUGUGGUUCCCAUGGUACACCACGGCUAUGGAUUUUUCUACCACAUCAGAGAUGACAGGUUUCUUGUGGCCUGUUCUGCCUGGAAAUCACAUCCAGAGACUGAUGCAGAAAAGCUAGUUCAGCAGAUUUUUUGUGCUUUCCAUGAUAUGAUGCAGCUGAUGAACACUGCUCAUCUUUAAAGAUUAAUCAUUUAUUAAGCACUUACCAAAAUAUUCGUAAACUGGCUGCUGGGGGUGGGUUCGUGAUGUGAGACUUGAAGGAAAUGUGUUAAAUGUAGAAAUUAGAAGAAUCAUGCUCUCUAAAUUUAUUCCGACCUAGAAGGUAGAAAUAUUUUUAAGCUUCCUCUGGUGCCGUAGUAAUGCAAAUUAUGAUAGAGUGAAUGUAGAACUAUGCAAAGUUUAAGCCUCAACAAUGCAAAUUUAAAAUUUUAACAAUGCAAGUCUUACUCUUACUUUGAAAUAUUUUUGUCGAUACCUAUGUAAGUUAUAAAUCCUCUCUGAGUAUCAUUGUAGUCUUAUCUUUCAAGCACUUUAACAUUUUCUAGUUUUCCAAGAGUAUGAAAUACAUGAAUAGAUGGUAAUUUUGCUGAAAUCGAUGACUUCCACCUUUACCACUGGGAUAUAAACCUAAUAUGUUUGAAAAAGACCUCUCUAAUUUAAUGGUGAUCUAAUAAAGACAGUUUCUGUUGAACAGGCAGAAGAAUUAGGUUGUAGUAAGAGGUACACCCUCAGGCACACAAAAAUCCUUAACAAAAUCUGUUACAGUAUAUGUAGUUAGUUUUGUGACUAUAAAAAUAAGCACUAUAUUUAAAAUUAGUUGUUAGUGACUUAAAAGGAUUAAAUGUUAAAUCAGAUUCUCAGGAUUUUACAGUUUAUUUUCUCCUCUGUUCAAUUUUGUAGUUUCUACUCUCAAAAAAUAAAGC